AAUCAUCACACUCACAUUUAUAUACAUAUCUCUCGCUCUAUAUAUUCAUAAAUUAUCUUCUCAUAAAGUGGAAUCUAUGGAUAAUAGAUGGCCAAAAUCUAAAGAAAUCUUGGGCCCGAGACCACCUCCAUUGAAAAUUCGUAAAGAGUCUCACAAGAUCAUCAAGAAACCACCAUUGGUGCCACAGCCACGACUACAACCACCGGAACCCGCACCACCCCAACUACAGCAGCAAGAACCGAUGCAAUCACAACCGCCACGUGGUCCGGUGAUCAUAUACACCGUAUCUCCCAAAAUUAUCCAUACACACCCUAAUAAUUUCAUGGCACUGGUUCAACGUCUCACAGGGAAAACCUGUGCCUCUACAACCUCAUCUUCGGCGUCUCAAUCCAUAUUAGCACCAAACAACAUGUCAGCAACGGUAGAUACAUCCUGCAGUUCGCUAUCUCCGGCGGCUCGGUAUGUUGUGAUGGAGAAAGAUAAUGCCUCAAACGAAGUAGGGUUUGUAGGUGGUGUAGAGACCACUGAUCAAUCUUAUUAUUAUCAUCAUCAUCAAAACCGAGUUAUGGACAUCCCAAAUUCUUACAAUGGUGGGAUUUUACCUCCGGACCCCACUUCGCUGCCGUUGACAUCGCAGGAGUUCCUUUCUACAGUUGCACCACCGAACGAUCCACAAGGGUUUAACGCCUUGUUUUAUUCAGGACAUGAUAUGCACAGUUACGUGUCACGUGAUGAGGAUCGAGGAGGUGCAGUAAAAGAUACCAGAACUAUUGGCUCAGCUUAUGACCUCUACCUCCAGAGUGUGCAAACGUCAUCUAUGCCAUCUGAAGAAGUUGGUCGGUUUAACAAUGGUGUCGGCAUGGGAAGACGAGGAGGUGGAAUGCUGCCUCCAGAUUUUGGGCCAAACGGUCGAGGAUUGGGCUUUGGUCAACAAGAUUUAGUUGGUAGGCCUAGCCGGGAGCUGCUUCGUCUGCCUCCGGAUGCAUCCAACACUCUGUUUGUUGAAGGACUUCCUUCUAAUUGCUCAAGGAGAGAAGUAUCUCAUAUAUUUAGGCCUUUUUUGGGAUAUAAAGAGGUGAGACUUGUGACCAAAGAUUCUAAACAAAGGAAUGGAGAUCCUAUUGUUCUUUGUUUUGUUGAUUUUGAAAAUCCUGCAUGUGCAGCAACUGCUCGUACCGCCCUGCAAGGCUAUAGAAUGGAUGAAAAUGAACCUGAUUCCAAGAGUUUGCAAAUCCAAUUUUCAAGAAACCCAGGUCCAAGACCAGGACAACGCGGAGGAAGGAGAUGACGAGUCAGUGUCCCGUGGAGCAAAAUCUCCUUGUCCAUACAUCUCUCACUCAAAGCAAUAGAGAUGUAUGGUUAGACACAAGAGUCUAGGAGAUGAGUUGACUGUAAUCUAAAGUCUCUCACACUCUCCUUUUUUCCACCUUCUUGAUAGAUUUAGUGCAUCAUCUUACUACUGCUAUUUAUCAAGCCUAAAAAACUUGUUACAACCCUUUCCUUUGUAUGUGUGGGAAUGAUACGGUUUUAUGAUUUUGAUAGUAUCCUUAGGGAUUGCACUUGUUCAUUA